AUGGCUGAUCAAUUUGAGGUUCCAAAGCCUCUCGCAGAGCUCUUCGAGCAGAUUGAGAAGAACGUCGCUUCGACACAGCUCGGCUCGUCGAAAUGGUACAUGAUCACACUCGCAGCGCUCGUCGGCAGCAAUGAUCCUGACCUCUGCGCCGAUCUCUACACGCACCUCCUCACGAAACCCGAAUUCUCGGCACCAGAGCAGCGACAAGAGCUCGUCCGCCGCCUCCGCGAGGGUCUUUUCAAGACCAUCAGCGUCGUUGGUGUGUGCAAGCCCAUGAGUGCAAUCCUGGCCAUCAACGCCCGCGAGAGGGAGGAGGACAAGGACCGAAGCAUCACGCGAGAGGGGUGGCAGUGCGACGAUGACAGCCUGAAGCGCGGCCAGGAGUGGCUCGCCAAGAUCUACACGCGGGACACGGACAGCACGCUCGACCUGUUCAAGGACCACAGGGACUUUGCAUGGGUGUCGGAGCGCAUCACGUACGGGUUGUACCUUUGCGACCGCCAGGUGCUGGACGACUUCGACACGGAGAUGGUCGUCCUCUGCAGCAUCAUGAUCCAGAAUCUUGGCAGAAACACGCAUUGGCACCUCCGAGGGACUAGGCGUCUCGGUGUCUCCUUCGAGGACACGCAAAAGGUGUGGGACUCGGUUCAGUUGGUCGCUGGCUAUUUGGGCGUGACGCUGAACAGAAUUCCGACGGUGGCCGAUGUUGAGAAGGAUAUCUGA